AUGAUCCUCCUCAAUCGAGAGCCUCGACUGGAGAGCAGAGUGAAGCAUAUUGACGUGAGGUACUUCCUCCUGCGAGAGCUGCAGCGACACGGCCAGGCACGCCUGGACUUUGUGGCCUCAGAGGCCAACACUGCAUACGUCUUCACCAAGGCCCUGGCGCUUGGUGACCACCACAGGUUCUGUGUGCAGUUGGGGCUUGUUGAGAGGAGAGGAGGAGUGUAUAUUCCCUCAUCUUACUUAACACAUAUUACCCCCCCUUUACCCCGCACCCAUGUCCCUUUACCCCACACCCAUGCCCAUUUCCCUCACACCCAUGCCCCUUUCCCUCACAGCCAUGUCCCUUUACCCCACACCCAUGCCUCUUUCCCCCCACCCAUGUCCCUUUCCCCCCCACCCAUGUCCCUUUCCCCCCACCCAUGCCCCUUUCCCCCCAACCCAUGUCACUUUCCCCCCCACCCAUGUCCCUUUUCCCCAUGCCCCUAUGUGUGUCUGUCUCUGCGCAUGAGAGGGAUGGGGAGUGUUCGAUCUUAG